AUGUUUUCUUUUAUUUUUUGUCUUGUCUAUUUUCUAUAUUUCUUACUUUUAUUAAAUUUACUUUUCAUCUCCAUAGUAAUUCCUUCUCCCUUUCUUUCUUUCUUUCUUUCUUUCUUUCUUUCUUUCUUUCUUAAGACAUUUUUCUAUUUGUUUUCGUUACAUUUCUAUUUUCUUUUUUUUUCUUUUUUCCACUUUCUUUCUUUCUUUCUUUCUUUCUUUCUUUCAGCAAUUUCUAACUAUUUAUUUUGCCUGUCACUUUUUCUUUUAACGUUCGUUUCAAUUCUCCUUUCUUUCCUUCUUUUUUCUUUCUUUCUUUUUGCUUCUUUUUUCGCUUUUUUCUUUUUCUUUAUUUUUUUCUUCUUUCUUUCUUUCAACAACUCCUUAUUAUUUCUUCUUUCUUUGAUUACCUGGUGUGUAUCUUUCUUUUUUUCUUUCUUUCUUUCUUUCUUUCAUUCAACAAUUUCUCACUAUUUUCAUUUCAUUUUGUUCUUUUUGUUUUCGUUCCAUUUCUUCCUUCUUUCUUUCUUUCCUUCUUUUUUUCUCAUACAAUUUUCUUUUAUUUUCGUUCUAUUUCCUCUUUCUUUUUUUCUCAUUUUUGUACUUUAUUUCAUUCUUUCUGUUUUUCUUUCAUUCAACAAUUUCUUACUAUUUAUUUUCCGUUUUAUAUUUUUCUUUUUGUUUUCGUUCUAUUUCCUCUUUCUUUUUUUCUAUUUUUUCUUUUUUUCCUUUUUUCCUUCUUUCCUUGUUUUUUCUUUGUUCUUCUUUCUUUUUUCAAUAAUUUCUUACUGUUUAUUUCCAAGUAACACACAUAUUUCUUUUUGUUUUCGUUCCAUUUCUUUCUUUCUUUCUUUCUUUCUUUCUUUCUUUCUUUCUUUCUAUUUAUUUCCCCUUUCAUUUUUUAUUUUUAUUUUUGUUCCAUUUCUUCUUUCUUUCUUUCUUUCUUUCUUUCUUUCUUUUUUCUCCUUUUUUUCUACUUUCUUUCUUUCAGCAAUUUCUUACUGUUUAAUUCCUUUUAACAGACAUUUUUUUGUUUUCGUUCCAUUUCUCCUUUUUUUGUUCUCUUUUUACUUUCUUUCAUUUUUUCUUUCUUUAUUUAUUUCUUUCUUUCAACAAUUUCUUACUAUUUCUUUUCCCUUUCACUUUUUGAUUUCCUUUCCAUUUCUUCUUUCUUUCCUUCUUUUUUCUUCUUUCUUUCUUUCGUUCUUUCUUUCGAAAUUCCUUAACAUAUAUUUUCCUUUACAAUUUUUCUUUUUGUUUUCGUUCCAUUCAUCCAUUCUUUUUUCUCCAUUCGUUCUUUCUGUCAACAUUUUUUUCUCUUUAAUUUCUUUGACACACCUUUUCUUAAUUAUUUUUCCAAAUUUAUUCUUUCUUUUCCUAAAUUUGCAUUUAUUUUCCACCUUAAUUCCAUUUCUAUCUGUUAUUUUGAGUUUUGGUUUCCCUUUCUUCAUUCUUUCUUUUUUCCCGCCCGUUUUCCUUUUGUUUCACUUGUUCGAUAGGUUCUUUUCUUUCCUCUCCAGUUUCUCUAUUCAUUUUCAUUUUAAAGCAUUCUUUCUUUCGCCAUGUUACAUUCUUCGCCUGCUCACUCGCUAUCCCCAUAGGCCGCCAUUUCUCUGUCAGCUGACAUCAACUCAAACGUCCGAAAUUGGAUCAUCGAUCACUAACCACCACCAGACGCUUAGACAAACACACACUUCUAUCUAUCUAUCUAUCUAUCUAUCUAUCUAUGUAUAG